AUGGUCUCGUUGUUUGACCAAGCUGAUAUCGGUAUCGGCAUCACACUCCAGCGCACCAAUGCAAUCGCCAUAGCAUGUCUUUGGGUUUACGACUUGGCGCUCACACUUGAUAAAGAAGUCGCAUUCAUACUGGACGCUCCAUGGCGAAGGCCCAAAUUGAUCUAUCUUACCUGCCGGUACCUACCAUUUGCAUCGGUCGUUACAGAUAUACUUCGAAUUGUACAACCUGGACUUUCCGUCGAGGCCUGCACAACAUUCUUUAUAUUUGGCUCAUGUGUCGGAGGAUUCGUACUGUAUUGUGCAGAAGCGCUCUUUAUGCAGAGGGUUUGGGCGGUAAUGGGUCGCAGAUGGAUAGUAGUGUGUUGCAACGUCGUGCUCAUCGUGGUCCCAGUGGUGGUGACACUAACAUUAUACAACUCUUCCUCCAUAAUCCUGCAGUCACCUAUUCCCAAAGUCGCAAGUUGCUACAACAGCGAGCGCGCUCGCAUUAUCAUUGUGGCCUAUAUUCUGCUUGUUAUCGUAGAAAUAGAGAUACUCAGUUUCAUGUUAUACCACUCAUGGAAGCUUUAUAGAGAAUAUGGAAACAGCAUGCCUCUUGUGCGAGUCUUGGUGCGACAUAACAUCUUCUACUUCGCCUGUGGGCUUUUAUUUUCGACUGUGGUUGUGGUCGUCAUGCUUACUCUUCCUGCACAAUACGGAGACGCGGUAUCAGAGUAA